AAAUACUCUCUGCAAGCCCAAAAUCUUCUCUUCUCCUAGCCUAGUUUCUCUCGAUCGGUCCCUCCCAGACCCUAGAGAUUCAACCUUUGAUCUCUUGUCAUGGCACCAAAGAAGGAGAAGGCUCCGCCACCGUCUUCAAAACCAGCUAAGUCUGGCGGUGGCAAACAGAAGAAGAAGAAAUGGAGCAAGGGAAAGCAAAAGGAGAAGGUGAACAACAUGGUUUUGUUUGAUCAAGCUACCUACGAUAAGCUUCUUUCUGAAGCUCCCAAGUACAAGCUUAUAACUCCUUCUGUCUUGUCUGACAGAUUGAGGAUUAGUGGCUCUCUUGCACGCAAAGCAAUCAAGGAUCUAAUGGCCAGAGGAUCCAUUAGGAUGGUAUCUGCACAUGCCAGCCAACAGAUCUACACCAGGGCUACCAACACCUAAGAGACAGUUUUAACAUUUUUCCUGGCAUCGGGAGUAAUCUAGUACCAUUUUGUUUCGGUCUCAUUUCUUUAUACCAUUCAUGUCGAGAAUGAAGUUUUGAUAUAUUUAUUCGGUUGCAGAAGUUUCAUGUAUUGCAGUAUAGUUGAUUUUAUACUUAAAUUUUUGUACGUCAGCAAUAUUUUCACAGAUGAUGGUUCUUUGCCAGUUUUGAACUUAAAUUGGUCAAUCUUUUUAUUCUCUUCCACAA